AUGUUUAAAUCGAAAAAAAAAAGAUUACCCGUUUUUCAAGAUCUCGUCAUUUCAAUCCCACUGAUCGAGAUUUGUCCUCCUGGCAAAAAUGAUCUCUGCUCUCCACCAUUUAAAGCAUUUAUUAACAAAUAUCGAUUUUCCCCUCAUUACCAUUUAUCGGCAUGUGUAAUCGAAAAAUCAAUGUCAACGAUGUUGGCGGCAGUUAUGUGUUAUCUAUACGAUACACAAGCUUUUCUUGAUGCUAAUCGAACUCUCGGAAAUGAGCUCUUUGAGCAUCGAUUUUGUAAAGGAAAGAAUGAAAAAGGUUCUCUUCAAGAAAUUCAUCAAACUGCUCCAAAAGCCGAUUGGAAUUACUUGGCCAUAAUUCGAGAGCCGAUCGAUCGUUUCCUUAGCGGUUUCACGGAUAAAUGUGUUAAGGAAACAAAACGUGGACGGGGAAAAUGCUAUAACUGUAACGGCAAUCUUUCAUGUUUUGUUCAAAAGCAGUAUAAAAGAACACUUGAUUAUGCAAGCGGUAAAAUGAAUGCAAUCGGUUACGAAGAUGUUCAUUUCUUUCCCCAAUCUUGGAGAUGUGGAUUCAGUUCGCAUCUUGCGAAGUAUAGCUUGAUACAAUAUGGUGGUCAUGGCUCAGAGUUUGAUCGAAUGACCGAUCAAUUGUUUGAUGGGUUACGCGAUGCAGGAGUUGAACAAAAAGAUAUUGAGUGGAUCGCCAGCCAGAUGGAAAACGGUCGUACUAGCCAUGCCACUCGAACUUCUCCAGAACGGCAAAAAUUCGAGAACGAAUUGAGAGGCGACAAAGAGCUGAUGAAAAUGGUCGUCCGAAUGUUUUAUUAUGAUUUUUUGUUAUUUGGAUUUCCAUUACCUGUCAUUAAAGAA